GUGCCACCGGGUGUUAAAAUAGUCUGUCCAAUCAGAGCAGCCCACGUCUACAGCCCAACCCGGAUGCGAGCCAUGUGGACCAAUCAGAAAAAUGUAUGCCAGAAAGGGAAAGCGACGCUACGAACGGACUGACAGGAACUUCUCAGCGAGCCCGCUCGGUUCCACCCGGAGGACUGUGGGACCGGGACCGUAAAUACACGACCGGAGCUGCUCCUCGGUCCGACAAGAACGGGCUCAGCCGUUCUCAAUGAAACAGAGCAGCGGGUCGAGCCCAAGCUGAGCCGUGAAGUGCGUCCGUCCCGGUGCGAGCAGACCCAGAGAUGGAGUGGUGUCGGCGGGCAGGAGGCUCCAGCGGGCUGCUGUGCUCCCUGUCUCUGCUCUGCGUCCUCUUGGACAUCCAGCUGGACGGAGUCCUGGGGGCGACUCACGCCGAGAUCGAGCAGCACUUGGAGAUGGGCCGCAAACUCCUGGCGGCCGGUCAGCUGGCUGAAGCCCUGUCCCACUACCACUCUGCCGUGGAGGGAGACUCUGGGAAUUACCUGACCUACUACAAGCGAGCCGCUGUGUUCCUGGCCAUGGGACGAUCCAAGUCGGCUCUGCCCGAUCUGAGCCGGGCCAUCCAGCUGAAGCCCGACUUCCUGCCUGCCCGGCUGCAGCGGGGGAACAUCCUGCUGAAGCAGGGCAACACGCAGGAGGCCAGAGAGGACUUCCAAAUGGUGCUGCAGCGCUCUGCCGACCACAAAGAAGCUCAGGAGCAGCUGCUGGAAGCAAGCAAGCUGGAGGACCUGCAGGAGGAAGCCCACGCCGCAUACCACCAGGGCGACUACAGCGGCGCCAUCAAGACACUGGAGAGGGUCUUAGAGAUCUCUCCCUGGGACCCGGAGUCCAGGGAGCUCCGUGCUGAUUGUUACAUGCGGAUGGGGGAUCCGCAGAAGGCCAUCCUGGACCUCACGCCCGCAGCCAGGCUGCGCAACGACAACCGUGCAGCCUUCCUCAAGCUCAGCCGGCUGCAUUACAGCCUCGGAGAGCACCACGAGUCUCUGAACCACAUCCGGGAGUGCCUGAAGCUCGACCAGGACGACAAAGAUUGUUUCGGCCACUACAAGCAGGUGAAGAAGCUCAGCAAGCAGCUGGAUUCUGCAGAGGAGCUGAUCCAGGAGGGGAGGUUUCGGGAAGCUAUUGAAAAAUACGAGUCGGCGAUGAAGACGGAGCCAAAUGUCCAGUUCUACACGAACCUGGCCAAGGAGAGGAUCUGCUUCUGUCUCGUCAAGCUUCAGGUGGCCGCCGAGGCCAUAGACGUCUGUUCAGAGGCCCACCAGAGAGACCCCCGCAACGCCAACAUCCUCCGAGACCGAGCCGAGGCCUACAUCCUCAACCAGGACUACGAGAAAGCUGUUGAGGACUACAAGGAGGCGAGGGAUUUCGACGGCGACAGCAACGCCAUCAGAGAGGGUCUGGAACGAGCUCAGAAGCUGCUCAAACUCUCUCGUAAGAGAGACUACUACAAGAUCCUGGGCGUCAGCAGGAGCGCCAACAAGCAGGAGAUCAUCAAGGCGUACAGGAAGCUGGCGCAGCAGUGGCACCCCGACAACUUCCAGUCCGAGGCGGACAAGAAGGAGGCCGAGAAGAAGUUUAUCGACAUCGCGUCGGCUAAAGAAGUCCUUACAGACCCAGAAAUGAGGCAGAAGUUCGACGAAGGCGAGGACCCUCUGGACCCGGAGAACCAGCAGGGCGGCGGCGGCGGCCAGAGGGCCUGGCCGUUCCACUUCAACCCCUUCGAGUCCGGCGGCAGCUACCACUUCAAGUUCGAGUACAACUAGCGAGGCGGAGCGGAGCCGGCACCCGCAGACGGAUCUGUGCCUCAGCCUGGACGCCGUCGGUUUAGUGACAUAAACUAGGACUUUUAUUUAACUUCUUCUUUUAGAGGGGGACCCGUGGCUCCUGUUCAACGGUGGAUGAAGAAAGUUGAAGGCCUUUGCCUCGGCUCCUCUCUGGGAAGCUGAAAAGGCGUUGAACGAAAACCCGUGGACGUUUCUGCUCGUAUUUCUCUUUCUUUGUGCCAAACUCUGAGCCCCGGGCGGACGAGGACGGUCAGCGUUAUUCUCCUCGCUCGCAGUAUUCUUCAAAGGAACCACGGCUUCGCUGACGGCCGUCGGCCCCCCUUCCACCGUCCCGCAGCGCCUUUGGGAGUCGAGACUUUUUAUAGUCGGUGGCAUUAACGGCGUUUUGUUGGUGAAACACUGAAACCUGUGGAUUUUAUAUCUGCUUGCUUUUUGAUUUUGCUUGAAACUGGUUUCUAGAGGUCCUUCUGUGAGGAUAAUAUAUUGGCUUGAGAAUGUCGUGUGUGUACAGCAGCAAAAACAAUGAACGAAAGCCUUUAAAAUGUUUUUAUUUUUAUUUUUUUUGGUGGUGGUGGGGGAAACCCUCCACAGCCUCUUCCUGAAAUGUUACUGCGUUUUUGGUUUUUCUCGGACUCUCUAGACCCAGAAGGCCUCGUUUCUAAAUAUGACGCUCGGCUGAAGCUUGGACUCCAGUGCACUCCGUGAACAGAAUAUUUGGAUAAUAUUUAUCUAAAACAUGAAACUAAAUUGUUGCAGGAUGAGUUUGUAAUCCAGACUCUUAACGUUGCAGCCGCUGAAGACGGACUAAGUAGGAUUUUUUUUUUGUUUGCUUUCUCUUUUUGCACAAUCUUAAGUUAUUUUGUUACCGACAUGUUGAAGACAUACGCGACUGGAACUGCUUUAUUUUGUGAACCAAAAUGUGACCAUGGGGGGGGCUGGUAUUUAAAGAUGAGAGGAACAGGUUUGGUUUCAGAUUUUCUCUUUAGGGUUUCUGGUUGUGGCAUCAAUUUCUUCUUCUGCUGCCAAACUGACUGGGUGGAAGUGCUGCAGUGUAUUAAAGGAUAAAACACCCUCCCAUCA